AGUCGAACAGAGCGUAGCGGUAGAUAUGGUUCCGACCAGUCCCGGAUGAAUCUGAGUGGCGUGACAGACGUGAGCGAGACCAAGAUCGUGGUGAUCACAACAUGCGUCGCUGGGGUGAAGAGAGACGUGGUGAUCGUUAUGAAGGAGAUCGUCGAGGAUCGCGAGAUAGCCCAGAGCAAAGAGAGAGGAAGCGACGGAACAGUGAUAGAUCAGAAGAUGGCUAUCACUCAGAUGGUGACUACCAAGAGCAGGACUACCGAAGGGAGCCAGGGGACGAGAAGAAGAGCAAGACCAUCAUGCUCGGGGGUCUAUCUCCCCAUGUUACUGAGGAUGAUAUUCGUUUUGCCAUAGACCAACUUGAGGGACCGCAGCCAGUGGAUGUCAGACUGAUGAAAAAGAGAACAGGUAUAAGCCGUGGUUUCGCCUUCGUGGACUUUUAUCACUUGCAAGAUGCUACCCGAUGGAUGGAGACCAAUCAGAAACGUCUGACGAUCCAAGGGAAAACCGUAGACAUGCACUACAGUCACCCCAGAAACAAGUAUGAAGACUGGCUCUGCAGCACUUGUGGCCUGUACAAUUUCCGGAGGAGGCUGAAGUGCUUCAGGUGUGGAGCAGCCAAAGCUGAAAGUGAAGCGAGCAAUAACGCUGGAGUUUCUGAAACUCAACCCAGCGGAGAUUUCUAUGGCGAUACAAUCAUCCUUAGAAAUAUUGCUCCUCUGACCACUGUGGAAGCCAUCAUGACUGCCCUUUCACCAUAUGCCAAUUUAUCAUCCAACAACAUUCGUCUCAUUAAGGACAAGCAAACAGGCCAGAACAGAGGCUUUGCCUUUGUGCAGCUGUCCUCACCUUUGGAAGCAUCUCAGCUUCUAACCAUCCUACAAGGACUGCAGCCGCCUUUAAAACUAGAUGGAAAAACAAUUGGGGUGGAUUAUGCCAAGAGUGCUAGAAAGGACCUUUUAUUACCUGAUGGAAAUCGAGUCAGUGCCUUCUCUGUGGCCAGCACAGCUAUUGCUGCAGCCCAGUGGUCCUCAAGUCAGCCACAGCAGAGCUCAGAGGGAAUGUCAGAGUACAGCUACCUGCAGGAAGGCUAUACUCCCAUGUCCCAGGACUACCAGGCAUACUACCAGCAAGGAGCAGCAGUCAGCACCUCUCAGGGAAAUGGAAUUCUAGGAGCUGCCCCAGGUGUAAAGAUUGUUCCAACUGCAGUUGGAGUUGUGAUAUCACAGAAUGCGCAAGUCUACCAACCCCAUAUAAUCGCACAGCCUGCUGUGCAGGCAUUGCCACUUGCCCAGCAGUUGGAGGCAAAACCCCAGACUGGACACCUUUCAGGAAUUGAAGCUGCAUCUGUGCCGGCUGCUACUGUAGCAGCUGCUACUGUCACUGCUGCGGGGACAUUAACUGCCUCUGGACAGACGGCGGACACCGGUGUUGCUGUUCCUGAUACAUCCACCUAUCAAUAUGAUGAAUCUUCUGGCUAUUAUUAUGAUCCUCAGACUGGCCUCUACUAUGACCCAAAUACACAUUAUUACUACAAUUCUCAGACUCAGCAGUUUCUUUACUGGGACAGUGAGAAGCAGACAUACGUACCAGCCAACCCAACAAACACUGGACCAAAUGAUAGUAAAACAAGUGGUUCUGCAGCGACAGGCACUAAAGAACCGAAAGAGGGCAAGGAGAAAAAGGAGAAGCCCAAAAGCAAGACAGCUCAGCAGAUUGCUAAGGACAUGGAACGGUGGGCUAAAAGUCUCAACAAGCAGAAGGAAAACUUUAAAAGUAGCUUUCAGCCUAUUAGUCAAGAAGAAAGGAAGGAGGCAGCAGCUGCUGACGCUGGAUACACUUUGUUUGAAAAGAAGCAGGCAAGUCUGGACAGACUCAUCCCAGAGAUGCUGAGGGCCCCCGAAGAGGAGGCACCAACCACCUCAGUCACUUCAUCAAAGUGUGGCCUUGUGGCAGCCUACAGUGGAGACAGUGAUCCUGAGGAGGGAGGAGUCGAACCUGAUGGUGGGGAGGGAGGCCAGGAUAAGCUGACAGACUGGAAAAAGUUGGCUUGUUUGCUGUGUAGGAGACAGUUUCCCAAUAAAGAGAGUCUAAUCCGGCAUCAGCAACUCUCUGACCUCCACAAGAAAAACCUGGAAGUUCUCCGGAGAUCCAAAAUGAGUGAAGCAGAGCUGGAAGAGUUGGAGAGAAAAGAGACCGAGAUGAAAUAUAGAGACAGAGCAGCUGAGAGAAGAGAAAAAUAUGGCAUCCCUGAACCCCCGGCACCUAAAAAGAAAAAAUUUAGUCAACCAGCACCAGUUAUUAACUAUGAACAGCCCACUAAAGAUGGCCUUAACAGUGACAAUAUUGGGAACAAGAUGCUGCAGGCCAUGGGCUGGAAGGAGGGGAAAGGUCUUGGCCGCAACCAGCAGGGCAUCACAGCACCAAUUGAGGCACAGUUGAGAACGAAGGGAGCUGGACUCGGCACUAAAGGAACCAACUACACACUCUCUCCUUCAGACACAUACAAAGACGCAGUCCGCAAAGCCAUGUUUGCUCGCUUCACUGAGCUGGAAUGAGUCAUUAGUCUGAAGCUAAAAUGAUUUCUUGAAAUAGUCUGCCAAUGAGCUGUUGCUUUUUGAUGUGGACCACCACUGUGUCUGCAUCAAGGGACGCAAAAAGACGUUCCUAACAGUAUGUCCAUCUGUGAUCCAUAAGUUAUACCUCUUUCUGUAAACCAGUAAGUGUAGAAAACAAACAUGGUGUAGGCAUACUGAAAUAGUGAAUAAUAUAAUUUAUAAAUUGUACAUUUGCACAGUGAAUUUCCUGGUUUUCUGAUUUCUUUUAUAUUUGUUCAGUGGUUUGAUUUCUUUAGUCUGAGCAUGUUUAAAUAAUUGUACAGUUUAUACAAAAUGUGGUUUAUUUGUACAGAAAUAAACUUGUAAUGUUA